CCUUCAUCGCAUACAAACUUCAAUAUAAGGGGGUGAAAACCUUGAAUCUGAAUUUGUCCGAUGUCAACUAAGGUUAAUGAAUAACAAGAAAUCGGUAUGGAUGCUACAGAAGACCUUUAUUGUGCCGAACAAAUCUCUAUUCCGCCUACAUUUCCUUAUCUUCUCCGCCAAUACGCAAAAGCUGCCAUCAGAACGCAACCUGUAGAUUUGCUCAAAUGGUCCACCACUUAUUUUCGAUGCUUAUCUCUCAACUGUCCCCCUCCUGUUAAGACUCGCCUGGAAUACCCCAUUCCCGAUGAUUGGCACGGGUUGACACCAGGCUGGGUUAAGUCUCUUUAUCUCCAGAUUCAUCCAAGUUGCACGGUCGAAUUCAAAGUCUUAUGGGACAGAUGGAUGGGUUCAUGUUUGGAGCACGAACAACUGAUUCAGGUUCUAUGCCUAGGAGGGUUCAAGGACCCCUCGUCACUACCUUGGCUGAAAUUCAUCGGGCUCUGUGCCUCAAUGAUAUCUGGGUCCCUCACCCAAACCAUGAUCAUGGUGUGCGAGAUACUGACCGAAGAGCCGGACGGCGCAUCAGCUUCCAUAACUAUAGAGAACUUUCUGAGCAUAUACAAAUUCCUAGCGGCCAUAGACGCGUCCAAGGAUCAGUGGUUGAAGAAUAAGUACUUCACGGAUAGCUUACUAGGCUUGUGGAAGGAAAAACGUGAAAAGUUCGAGGAGGAGAAGAAACUGGAGGAAUCUGAGGAGGAAGGUGAUAUUUGCUCAGAGCCGGCUAUCUGCGAGACCGUUGAGAAGAAAGAAGAAGAAGGUGGUAUGGAAAUUACGAAAGAAGUCUCUUGCCCUAGCAUCAAAGAGAAUGAUUACCAGAAGAUCGAGGAUUACUUGGAGGCGCAGGAGAAGUUGGCCGAAGCUCAGGAGGAAGAAAUGAAUGAGGUAGAAUCUGAUGAUGAUGAUAUGGUGAAGUCAACCAAGGUUAGAACCGCGGGGGAGACUACCGACACCACAGAACCUGAAACGGAGUAUGCCGAGAGUACCCAGGAUACAGACGAGAUGCCAGAUAAAGAUAAGAAUCGAAACGAAACCAUGAAGACUGCCGAAAGACAAGCUUUGGCGGACAUGGAUGAGCGCCAAAAGGCUCAGUACGAGAAGGAUAAACUCGAAGGAAAAGAUAUCAAGUUGGCUAAAAAGAAGAUACCGGAGCCUCAAGAGCCAGACUUUGAGGAGAAAGGAUUAUUGGAAGACCUCGCCAAGCUCAAGGCCCUGCAAGAAGAGAUGCGUGGUGAAGACGACAACGAACUUGAGGAAUUUAAACAGCAGCUGAUGAGACAGCUAGAGAAAACCCCUUCAGAGCUGGAGGCCAUAUCACAUUUCGCCGGAAAGCUACAAGAUCAAGAUGAGAAAGUUCUGUUGAUCGUACAAACUGAAGACACCGAAACAAAGAGUGAAUCGGUAGUGGAUAUUGUCGAAGAAGAAGAUGACUCUAAAUACGAAGAUAUAUUUGUCACUGCUAAACCUGGAAUAGGACCUAAAGUUCCUGAAGAUUUAGUCAAAGAAAUUGAGAGAUAUAUGAAGGAAAUGGCUAAAGUUCAACAUGGAAUGGUGAUGCCAAGAAACAUAAGACACUACGAUUGUCCCCCAUUGGAAGAAGUUGAUGACUUGGAGAAGGAAAUAAAGUUUUUAGAUGCAGAUAAAAAAUGAAAUUGAAACAUUAUUAAAUAUAAAAAUAUAUGUAUUUCUUUUUAACACAAUAAAUAUAACUUGGCUCUAUUGA